AUGGCCAUUGACAAAGCUGAGCCCGGCCAAAAAGGCAUCAACUGGUCGAACAUCGCCGUUGGUGGUAUUAUGAAUAUGGUUUCAACUCUCGGCCAGCCAUUAGAGGUCAUGAAAACUCAAAUGGCCGCGGUGCGGUCACAGACAAUGCUUCAAGCCGUGCAGACUAUCUGGAGUCGUGGUGGCGUUCUGGGCUUCUACCAGGGCUUAAUUCCUUGGGCUUGGAUAGAGGCAUCAACCAAGGGUGCUGUUCUCCUUUUCACCGCGUCUGAGGUUGAGACAGCGACCAUGUCAAUGGGAGUCAGCCCUGCUGUUGCUGGUCUUCUCGGUGGAAUGACUGGUGGUGUUGCUCAGGCAUAUGCCACUAUGGGUGUUUGCACUUGCAUGAAGACUGCGGAGAUUACACGGCACAAACAGGCGGCGUCUGGAAUAAAGCCUCCGUCUACUUGGGCCGUCUUCAUGGACAUGUAUCGCCGAGAGGGAGUUAAGGGCAUCAAUAAAGGCGUUAAUGCUGUGGCCGUCCGCCAGAUGACAAAUUGGGGUUCUCGGAUGGGAUUUGCUCGGUUAGCUGAGAGCACUAUCCGGAAAGUGAAGGGAAAAAGUGAAAGCGACAAGCUUUCUCCGCUCGAGAAGAUUCUUUCUUCUACCGUAGGUGGUGCACUCGCUACAUGGAAUCAGCCGAUCGAGGUUGUGAGAGUGGAGAUGCAAUCAAUGGCUAAGUCGACCAACCCCAAUCGACCUCAAAAGGUAACCAUUAUGAACACCCUGCAGUACGUUUACAAGGAAAAUGGGAUUAAAGGCCUUUACCGCGGUGUUACACCACGUAUUGGUCUUGGUAUUUGGCAGACCGUGUGCAUGGUGUCGUUCGCGGAUUAUGUGAAGGUUUGGGUCAAAGGCCAAUAG